CCUGAUUCAGGAACAGUCAUCACGAAUCUCCGAGUUUCUGAUUCCCUUUCGUUCAUCAUCCCACUUCAUCUCUCUCUCCGAACCUCUCCAGAAGAUUACAAAUGGCAUCGUAUUUUGACGACCACAGUCUUGAAGAUCCAUACAAGGCCCAGAGGGCCAACAACAACAACCAGGGUCGCUCACUCAACCCGGACCUGUCGCACUUCAUGCCACGCGAGGAUGACGUGGACGAUUAUAAUGGACGCCAUUCGGCCUCACGGUCGACUACGGGUGCUUCCGGACCAGGAGCAACCGACUUUCAUCGGCUGGCAGAGAUGUUGGGAGCUUUCCGCGUGCGAGAGGAACCAUUGGGCGACGAGGUACAUCAGGAGUUCCUCGACAAUCUGAUCACACAGCUGAUGGAUGAGGCUGGAGCCAGUGGGAAGCAUGGACCUCCUCCGGCCUCUAAAUCUUUUAUCCGCGAUCUGCCUUUUGUUCCACAGACAGAUGUAAAGCGAGACGAAGCAUGCAUUAUUUGUAACGAGAAUUUGCAUGAAAACGAAUCGAAUGCGGAGAUUACAAAAUUGCCGUGCAAGCACCUUUUCGAUCGAGAAUGUAUUGUGCCUUGGCUCGAACUUCAUAAUAACUGUCCGGCUUGCCGUGCAGAGGUCCCUUCGGAUGAUCCGGACUGGAUCAAGAAGAAGCGCGACGCAGAGCUUGCGAAAUAUGCUGCAGAGGCUGAGAUUGACCAGGAUUGGAUGUACUCUUAGAUUGACAACGACGAUUUUUACAGGACUAAAGAAAAGCAAUAGACGACUACAAGAUUACAAAUAAAGAUACUGUACCCAAG